AUGAGUACUACCAACAGCACUGACAACGGUCAGCUCGCAUACAUCCCCGCUGCGGAGAUCGACCAGGUCUUCGCCCACACCACCAAUUUGGCCUCAUCUGGACUGAACAGUAAAGUCCUGGCCUGUUCCAAUGAUUUCUUCGCCGAGGCAUCCAACCUCCUGACUCCCACUCCGCCCAUCAACCGUCCUGGCGUAUUCGUCCACACGGGAGCCUGGUACGAUGGGUGGGAGACCCGUCGCCACAACCCCGAGCCGUAUGACUGGGUUGUGAUCAAGCUGGGCGCUGCCAGUGCCACCAUCCAGGGCGUCGAGGUGGACACGGGCUUCUUCGUCGGCAAUUACGGCGAGAAGGCCGAGCUGCAGGGAACCUAUGCGCCGGCGGACAGUGGCGUCACCGAUGACGACAUCGCCAAUCCGGCCUACAGCGGCUGGACGACCAUUCUUCCCCCCCAGCCCUGUGGUCCGUCGCAGCGACGCGCGUGGAAACUCAACGACUACGACCCGGCCCAUCCCAAACCCUACACUCAUGUGCGACUGUUGAUGUAUCCCGACGGCGGUUUCGGCAGACUCCGACUGUAUGGCCAUGCCAUUCCCCCGACACUUUCCUCGGCUGUCGCCAGCGCUGACCCGUCGCAGCUCCCCACCGAGGAGCUGUCGUCCGCUCUGCUGGGUGGUCUGGCUCUAAGUGCCUCCAACCAGCAUUUCACCCCUUGCUCUAACUUGUUGCUUCCCGGUCGCGGAAAGGACAUGGGUGAUGGCUGGGAAACUGCGCGAUCUCGCACCCCCGGCCAUGUGGACUGGGCUAUUGUGAAGCUGGGAUUGACCGGCUCGGUUAGCAAGGUGGUGGUGGAUACGAAGGAUUUCCGAGGCAAUUACCCUCGCGCAGUGAGAGUCCAUGGCUUGGUGGCAGGGAGUACCGCAGCUGGGGAGGUGCCUGCCUACGAUCACCCCAGUUGGGUCGAAUUAGUCCAGGGCGAUAGGCCCUGCCAGGCGGAUACGGAGCAUGUCUUUGAAGGGGCUGACCUGGCCACUGGCGACAAUGACGCCCGGACGUUCACGCAUGUUAAGCUGACCAUGGUGCCCGACGGUGGCGUGAAGCGUUUCCGUAUUAUUGGGAAGAGAGACCCGACUGCUGACACGCGGCGAUAG